AUGAUGCAACAAUAUAUGAAAGAAUUGGAACAAGAGCCUUUUGAUCCUGAAGAAUUUGUUGAACGACUAGCUUGGAGAACUGUUAAUGAUAAAACAAAAGAUGGAGGCAAAGCAUUUUUUGAUCCUGUCAUUGUACAUGAGACUUUCUUACAAGCUAUUAAGGAUUUACAAAUUUUACAAGAACGUCAGCAGAAAAAAUGUGACAAGCUUGAAGCUGGCUUAAAAGAUGAAGAAGCCAGACAUGCGCUUGAAAUAUUAGAUUUACAAGAAAGAAAUAAACAUUCGAUUGACUUAUUUCAUCAGUUAGACGAAAGAAUAAAUUCUGUUGCUACCAAAGUUCUUCAUUUAGGAGAUCAAUUAGAAAGUGUUAAUAUACCAAGAGCUAGAGCAGUUGAAGCUCAAAAACUUAUGCGACACUUUUCAGAAUUCUUAAGUCCUGGACCUUUAACUGAUCCAAUUUUUACAGAUAAAACUUCAUUAGAUGAGGCAGCAGAUGUAAUUCAGAAAUUACAUCUCAUUGCUCAAGAGUUACCUGCAGAAAAAUUUGAACAUGCAAAGAAAAAGAUAAGCGUUAAAUAUGAUGAAAUCGAGCGUAAUCUGAUAGAAGAAUUUGUUCAAGCACAUAGUAGAGAAGAUGCAGUUCGAAUGAAAGAAUUAGCAUCUGUAUUAUCUCAAUUUAAAGGUUAUUCACAAUGCAUUGAUGCAUUUAUAGAACAAAGCCAAAUGGGUUCAUUUGGUGGAAAAGACGUUUUUCAAGAUGUGAUACCCAUGUGUACAAAAUACAAUAAAUUAAUGGAACAAGUAUUUUCUAAUCCAGAGCAAGUAAUGGCAAAAUUUGUCCUAAAUAUUUACCAUCUACGACUUCAAAAAUAUGCUGUUGCUAAACUGGCUGAUAAAACUGAUUCUGACAAAUAUCUUAGAAAUUUGCAUGAUUUAUAUGGAAGAACAGUGAAAUUAUCAAAUGAAUUGAAAAUGUUUAAUAUGGGUACUGAUGAUAGUUACCUUAAAAAAUUAACUAGAAAUAUAUUUCAAAAAUAUUUAGAUACUUACAUCACCACUGAGAUGAAAGCAUUGCGGGAAAAAUCAGCAGCUUUAUUAAUUGAAUAUUAUGAAUCCAAAAAUCAUCAAAAAAAGCAACUACAAACUGGUGGUUUUCAAGAAUUACGUCGUGAUUUACAAGCUGCACUUGCAGCAAGAACAAACAUAAAUAUUGCUCAAAUAGAAGAUUAUGGUGGAGAAACAUUUCUUUCAGAAGAAUUAGCUAUUGCACUUUUACAAAGAAGUAAAAUGGCUUUUCAAAGAUGUCAAUUAUUAUCACAGCUAAAUGAUUUAUCUGUAAAUGCAGCUCAAAUUUUUGAAACAUUGUUACAAUAUUUGAUAAAUGAACAUGUUGAUUAUGCAUUAGAGUUAGGAUUACAAAGUGUACCAAUACCAGAAAGUAGAACUCAACCAGAAAUACAUUUUUUCAAUGUCAUGCAUCAAUGCAAUGCAAUAGUUCGUCUUUUGGAAGAACAAUUUAAUGAUAGUGUGCUUCCUCUCAUCAUGGGUACAGCAAAACAUGGAGAUUGUAUGUUAAAGAAAAAAGUUGUAUUAGAUCAAAUUGAUAUGAAACUAGAUACAGGUUUAGAAAGAAGUAUAAGUGCCAUUGUUGGCUGGGUUAAGAUUUACUUACAAAAUGAACAGAAAAAAACUGAUUUUAAACCUGAUACUGAUGUAGAUACUUUAAGUACUUCAGCUUGUCUGACAGUAGUGCAAUAUGUAACGGGAAUGAUACGUCACAUUAGAAAUACCCUAGAUGGGAAGAAUUUAGAAACUGCUUUAACAGAACUUGGAGUUCGAUUUCAUAAAGUAAUUUAUGAUCAUUUACAACAAUUUCUAUUUAAUUCUGCUGGUGCAAUGUGUGCAAUAUGUGAUAUGAAUGAAUAUAGAAAAUGUGUUAAAGAACUUGACGUUGAUGUUGUUACAUCAUCAUUUGAUACAUUGCAUGCAUUAUGCAAUUUACUUUUAGUAAAACCAGAAAAUUUGAAACAAGUGUGCUCAGGAGAUCAAUUGGCUGUACUUGAUCGUUCAGUUUUACUUAACUUCAUUCAAUUGAGGACAGACUACAAAACUCAGAAAUUAGCCAAUUGUCUAAAAGGCCUUGCAACGUGAUAGUAUAUUUUAUCCAUACAAAUUUUGAAUAAUGUUCAAUACUGUUGAGUAUUUUGAAUAAUAUAGUGUAAAAUAUGUGUAAUGUUGAUUGUAUGCAAUUACUAUCUUUUUUCCUUUUACAGAUAUAAAAUUAACAAUGAUUGGCCAUAAGAUUAUCAUGUAAAAUGAAAUAUGUAUGCAAAAAGGAAUUGUUAUUUGUAAAUAGUAACAUACAUGUGUCUCUUUCUCUUUCUUUAAGUAUAUACCACAUAUUGUAAAAUAAAUUGACCUUUUUGAUAUUUUAAGUAAAAAGUAAAAAAUAUUUAAACAUAUGACAUUCUAUGUUAAAUUGAAAUUAGUAAAAGUAUAUUCCUUUUAUAGCAAAUGUAUACUAACAAUUUAUUAAUGUAUAAUAAUUGUCAUAAAGAAACUUCCUUUCUAGGGCUCAUUAUUUCUUUCAUCUCUUUUAAUUAUGUACAUGACAUAACUAAGUAUAGGAUAAGAACAUGCUUCCGCUUCAAUUAUAUUAGAAAAAAUUUUCAUUUACACCAUUGCACAUGAAAUUUAUACAUUGAUUUAGUUCCAAUAUCUAACUAAAAGAAUGUAAAAUAUAAAAUUAUAUCAUCUUUCAUAAUAGUGCAGUAAACAUUAAAACAAAUUUUAAAUUUUAUUAACACUAAAUUGCUUUAUAUUGAGUAAUAUUGUAAUAAGUAAUGUAAUAUAUGACAUCUCUAUCUCUCUCUUAAAAAUUAAGUCGAAUCAAGAGAUGAAUAUUAAUGUAUUAAAAAUGAUCACACGUGUUUUGUAUAUUGACGCGUAU